CCCUGGUUCGACCAAGCCCAACCGCAACCGUCGUACUCGUACCCCAGCCUCCCCAGCCUCCGGUACACCGGCGAGCGGCGGCACGAACUCGCAUCACCAAACCUGCUGAAGUGCUGAUCGCGCUUGAGCCCUGUUUUGGCCUCAGCUCCAGUCCCCACCUCCUGCCUCCUGGUCGGCGAACGCCCCCCCUCGAAUUUCGCUGCUCUUCCACGGUUGCGUCUCCUCUGGUGUGGUCUGCGUAGGGCAUGGCGGCCUGAGUACCGGGCAGGACACGGAUGAAGGAGCGGAAGCCGGCAGCCUCCUCCCCCGCGCUGGUCCGGAUCCUCGCCGUCUGCGCGUCCCAGGCAAAAGAUUAUGGAAGAUGCAUAGCAGCCAAGGUUCCUGAGAUUGAACAUCAUAUGUGUUCUAAGGAGUUUCUAGCACUCAGAGCAUGCAUGCAGACUGUGGUUAAGAACAAGGCUUGAGGCUCCAUAUUUAUAGGAAGUUUGAUACUGGUCUCUUUUGGUAAUUGCUGUGGAUUUCAGGUCCCUUUCUAUUUUCAGUCAUUUUAAUAAGUAGAACCUCAAUUGCUUGGCUAAACAAUCAGUAGAGCCUAAGCACACAAGAGACAAAAAAAUGCUGGGCAAUCAGAUACAAGGGGGCUUGGGCACACCUGGGGCGCUGUCUCAUGCUUAUGUUCAGCAUCCUCCGCUGCGAUGUGACAUACCAGACAUUCGGGGUCUGUUCUAUGAUGAUGCAAAUAAGUUCCUUAUAGCUCCAACUGCUGAUCGGAUAUUGUACUGGAAAACAACACUAUCUACUCCAUCUGGACCUCCAAACUCUGAUCCAGUUAAUGAAGGACCUGUCUUGUCAGUUCGAUAUUCGCUGGAUCAUAAAGCGAUUGGGAUUCAACGAUCCAGACAUGAAAUUGAGUUUAGAAAUAGGGAAACAGGGGAGACUUGUAGCAAAAAGUGCAGAGCUGAUUCAGAAACUAUACUGGGCUUUUUCUGGACAGAUUGCCCAACAUGUGAUGUUAUACUUGUAAAAACAAGUGGUCUUGAUCUUCUUGCCUAUGAGCCUCAGUCCCAUGCGUUUCACUUGGUGGAAUCAAAGAAAUUCAAUGUGAGCUGGUAUCUUUACACACAUGAAAGUAGGCUGAUUCUUCUUGCUUCUGGAAUGCAAUGCACGAUGUUUACUGGCUAUCAGUUUUCUGCUGGUGGGAUUGUCAAAAUACCGAAGUUUGAGAUGAUGAUGUCUAAAAGUGAAGCAAACAACAAGCCUGUUCUAGCUGCAGAUGAUGUUCACAUUGUAACAGUCUACGGUAGGAUUUAUUGCUUGCAGCUUGACAGAGUUAGUAUGUCAUUGAAUCUAUAUCGCUUUUACCGUGAUGCUGUUGUACAGCAGUGUACUCUGCCGACAUACUCAAGCAGAAUUGCAGUUAGUGCCGUUGACAACAUAAUUAUGGUUCACCAAAUAGAUGCAAAAGUAGUCAUACUUUAUGAUGUGUCCCUGGAUUCUUAUGCCCCAGUUUCUGCGCCACUUCCACUACUAGUGAGAGGGCUGCCCAUCAAUAGUAGACAAGUAUCUCAGACUGCAGAUAGCCAGUCUAGUGCAUAUGGUGGAACCAUCUAUGGAGAAGGUUGGAACUUUCUCAUUCCGGACCUCAUCUGUGAUGCUGAGAAUGGGCUCUUAUGGAAGCUCCAUUUAGACCUGGAGGCUAUUGCUGCUAGUAGCUCUGAUGCUCCUUCAAUUUUGGAAUUCCUUCAGAGACGAAAGUCUGACCCAAGCAUGGUUAAGACUCUAUGCCUUGCUAUUGUUCGGACAAUCAUCCUGGAAAGGAGGUCAGUGCCCACAGUUGCUAAGGCAAUGGAUAUUGUUCUUGAUUCCUACACACGUUUGAUGAAAAUGGGAGGAGCUUUUCCUGGGGUUAGGCGGACACAUGAGCAAAAUCAGCAGUCAGGUAGUCAACCUAAUGAGGGCUCCCAUGUGGUUUCUCAGGAAUCUAGUCCUGGAACAGCAGUUAGACCUGAUGUGAACCCAGACCAGGCAAGUGGGGCUGUGAAUGUAUCUGUACAGUCAAAUUCAGGGGUUGAGCAUGCAAUAGACAGUAUAUCUUCUGAUUCUGCAGACAAUAGAUCUGAUGUUGUCGACAAAAGACAUCAAGCUGUAGGUGAAGCUAGCCGACCAUUGUCUUCAGGCACAUUGACUCAACAUGGACAACAUGCUGGAACCGUGGCAAUUUCUCCAAUUGAGAUGUUCCAGUCUGUCUUUACACUUGUUGAAGAUGAAAUGAUGGGUGACCCUGCAUAUCUUAUUGCUGUCAUCACGGAGUUUCUACGGAGUGUAUCAAAGUCUGGGCUCAAGGCUCCUCACAACCUUUAUGUGAUGAUGGCAACACUACUAGCUCGUAGCAAUCGUUAUGCUGAAAUAGCAUUGUUUGUGUCAAACAAGAUUCUUGAACCGUGUAAAGAACUGGCAAUGCAACUCAUGGAGCUGGGUCUGCAGCACCCGCCAACAAGGAAGCUGGGCAUGGACAUGCUGAGGGAGCGAGGCCUGCAUCACGACUACGUGACUGCGAUGCUGCAAGAAGGGUACUACUUGGAGGCCUUGCGCUAUGCCAGAAAAUACAAGGUGAUCACCGUGCAGCCUGCCCUGUUCCUGGAGAAAGCCGUGGCGAAGAACAGCGCCCACAACCUGGCUGCAGUGCUGAGCUUCUUCUGCGAGUUCACUCCGAGCUUCAAGACCACAUCGGACUUCGGCAGAUACCGGCAUAUCCUGUCUGAAAUGGUUUGAGCAGCUUUGUUUUGUGUAAUCUUGUUGCCCCGAAAUGCAUUAGCACGUUCUCUGUAGCAAGCAACGUCGCCUCGGAGGAUAGUUUUAUUUGUAAUUCUUUUGGUUGCUCUUGCAGAAAUUAAAAAAACUAGUACUGUUGUAUAAAUAAAAAGCGUUUAUUACCGAGGGAAAAAAAAAAGAGUCUUGUUUAAAGCUAA